AAUGGCUCCGUUCGCCUUGUUACGUUGUCGUCUGCAGUCGGCUAAAGGCCGUCUUUUCCACCCCUUUUCACUCUUGCCGACGACCGUAGCAAUGUGAGAAUUGGCGACGCAUCCUGCGCCUUCGCGGUCUGUUCGUCUGCCUUGGACGGUCUCGGCUUCCAGCAUUGCAUUCAGCUUCCCACCUCUCCGCCCGCCCGACAUGAUCGACCCUGACGUACCAUCUUCACCCUUCCACCAUACCUGUCUUCAGCCUGGCAAUCUCAAGACAUGGGUCCCGCAUCCAACGGCGGUGGCAUCAGCAUCCCAACUGGUGACGCCCCCAUGAGCAACAGCGCUCGCGAUGAGCAAGGCUGGUCUAACUCUCGCUCUCCUCCUCGCGACCAGGGCGACCAUCCUCCGCGUCGUUCCAGCAGGAGUCGCAGCCCCGCUCGUGGCGGCGGCGACGACAGAGGCCGUGGUGAUGAAGGCGGCCAAAACCCCGGAAACAACCUGCACGUUUCUAGCCUGAGCAGCCGUGUCGACACUCGCGACCUUGAACAAGCCUUCGCCAAAAUCGGCCGUGUCAAGAAGGCCCAGGUGAUGUAUGACCCUCAUACGCGUGAGUCGCGCGGAUUUGGGUUCGUUACAAUGGAGACUGCAGAAGAGGCGGAUGCUGCCGUUACCGCUCUUAACAAUGCUGACUUGAUGGGCAAGACUAUGACAGUCACUAAGGCUCGGCGUGGACGUGCCAGGACUCCCACCCCUGGCAGGUACUACGGCCCACCAAAGCACCAUGGAUCCCGUCCAGAUGAACGCCCGUACGACCCGCGGCCGUACGAUAGCCGCUAUUCGCGCGGUGGACCCCGCGGCUACGACGACUACGGCCCUCCGCGUGCUCGCCGCGCUGCCUACGACGACGACUACCGCGGUGGCCGUGACUAUGACCGUGGCUACCGCGACUACGAUCGAGGCUACGACCGUGCUCCUGAUCGCCGCUUCGACGACCGUCGUUACUAAUCCACCUACGAACGCGAUCUGCAGCACCUCCGGGAGCAACAAUGGUGUGGUAGUGCCGGCAAAGUCGAAGUCUGCGGACAGAGGUAGCAAAAUUGAAAAGUUGGCCGGUCGACACCGGCGUUUGCGAUGAUGUGUUCUUCCCAUACUUUGGCCCGUUCUCAAUGUCUUGCGGUGUAUGACGUAUGUCAGAUCGGUAUAAUACUGUCAGCUUUAGGUCCGGGCCUUGUGAAUAUUAGAUAUGUAUAUGCGAGAGCUGCGUCCUGGUC